UACUGCUACUGUGCAGUUAUGAGUUCCUCAAAGUGUGGAGCGCAGAGAAAUAUAUUGUAGACGAGACAGAGAUCUCGGGUACAAAGUACUUACCGAUUAAUUAUACAAACCCAUCUCGAGCAUUUUGGUUUGAAAGGAAAAUUGGAACGCAACCCUUCCUCUCUGUAUUCUUCUAGUGGUUUAUCUCUCAAGAUUGGAUUUUGAUGGAAGGGUUGGUGAAUGCACGAAUCAUCACCCCAUAUUCUCCACAUUCUACAACUUCCAGAAAUUACUCUCCUGUUUUCCGUGCUAUUUCUCAGCCUUUAUUCAAAAGUCAUCUUAGGUUGAUGAGUCUAUUCAAAUCGUUAACACCAGUUGGUACAUCAAUGCAACCCGUGGAGGCUUCAUCUAUUUCGCACUUCGAUAAUACUCUACCUUCCAAAGAAGUUCUUGAGAUAUGGCGAAAUGCCGAUGCUGUAUGCUUCGAUGUGGACAGUACUGUAUGCUUGGAUGAAGGGAUUGAUGAAAUUGCAGAAUUUUGUGGAGCUGGAAAGGCUGUUGCUGAGUGGACAGCUAGGGCUAUGGGUGGAUCUGUUCCUUUUGAAGAAGCUCUUGCUGCUCGACUUUCUCUCUUUCGUCCUUCUUUGACACAACUACAGGAGUAUCUAGAGAAAAGACCUCCUAAGAUAUCUCCUGGAAUUGAUGAGCUUAUCAAAACUCUAAAAGCUAAGAACACUGAUGUCUAUCUGAUCUCAGGAGGCUUUCGUCAAAUGAUCCAUCCGGUGGCAUUAGUCCUUGGAAUCCCUGUAGAAAAUAUUUUUGCUAAUCAGCUGUUGUUCGGAAGUUCUGGCGAGUUUGUGGGGUUUGACGAGAAUGAACCUACCUCUAGAAGUGGUGGAAAAGCCACAGCCGUCGAAAAUUUAAGAAAGUCACAUCAAUACAAGAAAAUGAUCAUGAUUGGAGACGGGGCAACUGAUCUCGAGGCUCGCAAACCAGGAGGUGCAGACAUGUUUAUUUGCUAUGGCGGAGUACAGCACAGAGAGGCAGUUGCAGCGAAGGCUGAUUGGCUAGUUUUUCAUUUCCGUGAUUUGAUCAAGUCUUUGGAGUAGUAAGUAGUAGAAGAAUACAAUAUUUGGCCUUUUAAUUCAUUUUUCUAAAAGAUUGUACAAGUUCCAUUGAAUGUUAUUGUUUGAUAUUACUGUAACAAUAUAGCUAUCCUCUCUUACACUUUGAUUUGUUAAACAGCUCAAAUUGUGGAUUAUAAAUAAAGAUCGGGUGUUUUAAGUCUUUUUAUCA